AUGAUCUUUUCAAUACUUUUCAGCUUUGCCGCGACCAUUGCUGCGGCUGUCGUCCCGCCAUCCGAUGGGAUCAACCAAACCGGCUUUCACUACAAUCUCACCAACGCGGCAAGAUUGGGAGACAUAGACCCCCGCUUCACUACCGAUUACCGACAGGGGCAAGCAAGGCUCUCGGCUACAUCAUGCCUCAUGAACGCAGCCAACGCCAUGAUGGAGCUAGCACUCGAAAACUUCACGGAGUCAAUUCGCCCUCGAAAUUACAUGGAUCCUGGCUAUCCCGAGGUCGUAGUCGUGCCUAUGACGAUGGCGCCAGGGCAAGGGAUAGAAGCGCGGUAUCUGUUGUGGGGUGUAUGGAAAGGAAUAAGGUGGAUGAUCAGCCACCAGAGUUUCCGGGACCUCGUGAUCGGUGCAUACUGGGACGGGAUCCUGGUAUGCAGAAUUUGGAUGAAAGGGAGGCAAUUAAGUAUUGCUGGAAGCAAUGAUACUCUGGGCCUCACAGCGCGGUCAGAAAAGAUGUCCAUUCGCAACGCCACGGUAGAAUUUACGCAAGACUUGAGCAAAUCGGACGUCAGAAAUCCAUUGAACGACCAGCAUCUGACAGUAUCGGUGACCCAGGUUGGGGAAAUGCUUGGUAUCACGGAAGUCUUCGUCGCAAUUUUUGCGACUUUGGAAUAUAUUGCUCAGUUUCCAAGCACUGAUCGAGUGGUCGGAUUCCAGAUUUCUCCAGACGAUGAAGACACAACGAUUGGAUUCCUGGGUCAUCCUCGGGCUCCUGCGGUCAGAACACCAUCCUUGGAGUACCAGUGGGUCAUCCUGAGCGUAGGACAGAUUCCUGGGUAUUUGUUACAGCAGAGGAGGUUCACGGAAGUGAUUAUCGAGAUUGCUGUAGACGGAGUCCCGCUUGGGGAAGGAUUCAUGUUCAAAUAA